AAGAUAAAUAUUAAAUAUAUGGUUUUUUUUGGUUCUUCUUUUCCGGGAACAGAAAUGGUGAGAGAAUCUAGAGCCUCAUAAGACAAUGCCAACCCACUUGCUCAAAAAUCCAAAAACAAACACAAGAAAAUUGAGAAAGGGAGAGACUUUGUUGGGUGUGGACAACUCUCAUAUCUCUUCUCAUCAGAGGAAUCCAGAGUCCUGGAAUGACUGAUUCCUUGAUGGGUUUUUAAGGAGGAGCUGGAUUAGAAACUAUGCAUCAAAUUUCAGAUUUUCUGCAAAUGGGGGCAAAUGUCCAGUGCAACAACUAUUUCCCAGGAUAUUACGCCGCAGGGAAUCAUAACUUAAUUGCUAACGACAGUAAAAAGGAUCAUAACUUAUCUCCAGAGCAGCAUUUCGAGUACUACAAGGAGUCAUUAAAGCAGACAAUGCUCAAGCAAGACACAAUACUUAGGAAUCAGAUUCAGGACCUCCAUCUGCUUUAUGGAAGACAAAGGGAAUUAAUGGAUGGAAUAAGAAGGAAUGAAUUUGAGAAACAUCAGCUGAAGACGGAGGCUUCAUGGUUGACUACUGCUUUGUCUCAGAAAUCAUCUGUUUAUGUUCAAAAAACACUUCACGCCCCUUCCUUGCCUUUGGUAAACCCUGCAUGUAGUCAAAUCUCUGUGUCAGCUGCUGAAAGUAUAGAGUCACCUUCAUGUUUUGUUCGAGGGAGGAACAUACAGACAUGCUCUUAUCCUACUCAAACUGAAGGCCGUUCGGGAGACUGUGAAUUGUUGGAAUCCAAAUGCAAGAAAUUUCAGAAGAACUUUGAUCUCGAACUUCCAGCCGAUGCAUACAUUGAUGAUGAAGGAGAAGGAUUCUUAGUAGAUGGAAAGGUUUCUGAAGCACCUGAAGUAUCAAGUUCUCGUUUGAAAAGAUUUCCAGAGGUUUUGUGUAAUGGUGAUGCAAAACAAUUUCUUGGUUCUGAAGAUGAUACCUCAACUUCUGCAUCAUUAGAAAAAGAUUCAUUUGACUUAAAUUAUGUGUAUAAGCUUGAGAAAGGAACAUCUCCUACACCAGGCCGUCAGUUUUUAUCUAAGGAACUUAUCCAAGACACCCGGAAAAGACAGGAUUUUGAAGUUUUCUCAAAUGUUCUACUGCAAGAGAGAAAAAGGAAACAAGAGUGGUCAUCCAUUUAUGAAGCUGGGAAAAGGAAAAGAACCUUGGAUUCUUUUCCUCAAGGUUCUCAUGCAGAUCAAUUUUAUCCUUUAUCUAGUUUAUUACAUGAAGAGCUUAAGGCAGCUGAACCUCCACCCUUUCAUCAGAGUAACCAGAAUUCAUGGAGUGGAAGAACACUUUUUGGUCUACAGAAGCCAGGAAGUUAUAGCCAAUCUGGACCAAGCAGAGCUUCUUCCUUGUGCACGCCAUAUCAACAUAUUCCUCAGGGUGAGAUGGAAAAUUCAGGGGCCUCAUGCAUUGCUGCUUUAAGAAAACCCAUACACGACUUUGCACGGUUCCCAAUAGCAGUUCAAGCACUCCCUUGUUUUAACACCCCCAUACAAUUAGGUAAUAGUUCUAAAUCGUCGACAAUAAGGCCUGGGAUCAAUGGUGACAGGUUACAGUUGAAACAUGAUUUGAGAUCUAGCACAAAACAUGGUAGUGCCUUUUCUCUUGAUGAUAACUUUAGCAAUGGCUCCCAGUUGGAAUCCAAGAAUUCAGAGGUCCACCGACCACACAUCAGUUUAGAUAAUCUGAUCCGGACUAAUGACAAUAUAGGGAUUGAACACCAUGGCGUUACAAAAGACGUGUUGGAUUCUGCAAGUGUCAAGUCUUGUAAGGAUAUUAACUUGAAUUGUGUACCUACUGGUUGUUCUCUGGAUGCUGCAGUUUCCCAGAGUUUCCAAGCAACAACUGAAUCAGAAAAGCUCGAAGCUUCUAGUGAGGGGUUGCCUUGGCAUAGGUGGAACCAUAAUGGUAAAACUGACAAAGGAUGUGAUAAUUCAACCCAGGUGGAUGCAAGUGAUUCCUCAAGUAAAAUAAUUCGCGACUCUACUGGCCACCCCUCCAAUUCCAUUCUGAACCCACCUGAAGAAGUCAAGAAAAGAAGAAAAGCUGUGGUACUUGAUUUAAACGCAGCUUGCGAAUCUGUGCUUGACCCAGAAAUUGAACUUACAGAACAGGCAGUAGAGAAUGAAUUUGCUAGGAAAGAUUUUGGAUUUCAAAUUGACCUGAACUCGUCCGUAACUGGAGAUGAGUUUUCACCAACGGACUCUCUCUCAACUGGAAUUCUUUUGGAGGCACCUGCAAGUCCAGAAAACAAGGAGUGUUCUCCACCGAGAGGAGAAUCAGAUGAAAAUCAAGUUGAGACACCUUUUCUGUUGCCAGGACAGAAUGAUCCGGAAAACAAUGAGCGUUUUCCGCCAGUAGGAGAAUCUGAUCAAAAUCAAGUGGAGACACCUUUUCGAUUGUCAGGACAGGAAGAUCCGGGAAACAAUGUGUGUCCUCUGCCGAUACUAGAAUUUGAUGAAAACCAAGUUGACAGUACUGCAGCAGAAUCUUUGGUUUCCAUUUCAUCAUCCAAGCUUCAUACUUGUAUCGUAAGCACCACGGACAAGCCACUUGAAACUUCAUGUGCCUCCCUAUGUUGGUUUGCUGGGAUAGCUUCUUCAGUUGUAGGUGGUCAAGAGAACGAGGGUAGAGUGGUUAUCAGCGAGGAGCUUCUACCUGAUGGGAUGGACUACUUUGAGGUCAUGUCAUUGAAUUUAACUGAGACAAAAGUGGAAGAGUGCUGCUGCUGUAGAAGUAAUUGCCACAAUAAGGAAGAAACUAGUACCACUUUAUUACCAGGUCAGCCAAGGAAAGGCCGGAAAAGGAGGGGAAGGCAGCAGAAGGAUUUCCAGAGCGAAAUUCUCCCAAAUCUUGCUUCUUUGUCAAGGCAUGAGGUGACUGAAGAUCUUCAGACAAUAGAAAAGUUAAUUGGGUCUUCUGGUAAAACAAGGUCGUUUAGAUGCGCAGCUAAACUUGGGUUGGCGAGGGGGAGGAGAAGGUCCAGCAUUUCUCCGUCCACUGUAACUGAGAAUACUUUGGAAUCACUGUUGAAGCAGAUUGGUGGCACAAGUCAAUUCGGAAAAGAGGAGAGAAGAAGUCUAAUUUGUUGGGGAGAGGUAACUAGGCGGCGCAGAGGGCAGAGAUAUCCAGUUAGCAAGCCUCGGCUCAUUUCAGGCCAAGUAUAGGAAGAGCUACGAUAAAAUGUCUACUUUUAUGCACAUUUGGUGAGGUUUUUGUGAAUCAAAUAGACUGUUUUGUACAUGUUCUCCAGACCAGAGUUCAUACAUGAGCAUAUAUAUACAUAUAUAUAUGGGGUGGAGAAGAAAAGAAGCCAUAUUGCAAUGAAGGUUCAUCUUUUUAUCGAAA